UUUCUACAACUCAAGCUGAAACAUAACCGCAACCAGUGGAGCACUACAAUACAAAAGAAAAAAACCGGAAUGUCGGAAAGUGUGAGCUGAUAUCUGACCUCUGAACGCUGACCUCCUCAUAGACAGUGACCUCCUUAGAUUGUAAACACAGAGGAAUUCACAAGAACUCCAUUAAGGCUGUCUUGUAAGCUUGCCUCCAAAUGUCUUCCCCACGCCUGAUGAAUCAUCCUCCACGACGAUAUCCCUGAAACUGCUGCAACAUGAGCUCCCAUAUAGACAGGGAUGAUGGGAGUUUAUUUGAUGGCUUAAUGGAGGAAGAUGAGCGGGACAAAGCUAAACGCGUGUCCAGGAAUAAGUCGGAGAAGAAGCGCAGAGACCAGUUCAAUGUGCUCAUUAAAGAACUGGGCACCAUGUUGCCGGGCAACACCCGCAAGAUGGACAAGUCAACCAUUUUACAGAAGAGCAUCGACUACCUGCGCAAACACAAAGAAAUUGCGGCACAGUCAGAGUCCAGCGAGAUCCAGCAGGACUGGAAACCCCCGUUUCUUAGCAACGAGGAGUUCACACAGCUCAUGCUGGAGGCUCUGGAUGGGUUUUUCUUGGCAAUAUUGACAGAUGGGCAUAUAAUCUACGUCUCGGAGAGUGUCACUUCCUUACUGCAGCACUUACCUUCGGAUCUCGUGGAUCAGAACCUUCUGAACUUCCUUCCAGCUGGGGAGCAUUCUGAAGUAUACAAAGCCUUGUCCUCCCACCCCGAGGGAGAAAACCUCAGUCCUGAAUACCUCAAAACUAAGAACCAACUGGAGUUCUGUUGUCACAUGCUUCGAGGAUCUAUCGAUCCAAAGGAACCCCCCGUGUACGAAUACGUCAAAUUUAUCGGCAACUUCAAAUCGCUGAGUAAUGUGCCUCGCACAACCAGGAACGGUCUAGAAGGGGUCCUCCAAAGGUCGUUACGACCAGCCUUCGAUGACCAAGUCUGUUUCAUAGCAACCGUGCGACUAGCCAAGCCACAGUUUAUCAAGGAAAUGUGCACAGUGGAGGAGCCCAACGAGGAGUUCACCUCCCGACACAGUCUGGAGUGGAAAUUCCUUCUGUUGGACCACAGGGCUCCGCCCAUCAUUGGAUAUCUGCCCUUCGAGGUUCUGGGCACGUCGGGGUAUGAUUACUACCACGUAGACGACCUGGAGUCUCUGGCCAAGUGCCACGAACACCUGAUGCAGUAUGGGAAAGCCAAGUCGUGUUAUUACCGUUUCCUGACUAAAGGUCAGCAAUGGAUUUGGCUUCAGACCCAAUAUUACAUCACCUACCAUCAGUGGAACUCUCGACCCGAGUUUAUCGUCUGCACACACACUGUGGUCAGCUAUGCUGAAGUGCGUGCAGAGCAGCGGAGAGAGCUUGGCAUACAGGAAUCACCACCCGAGAUCACUGCAGACAAGUCUGUUUCUCAGGAUUCAGGGUCUGAGUCACAGUUGAACACCUCCAGCCUGAAGGAAGCGCUGGAGCACUUUGACCACAGCAGGACGCCCUCUACUUCCUCCCGCAGUUCUCGCAAGUCAUCACACACAGCCCUGUCUGACAACACCUGCACAUCCACUCCAUCCAAGAUGCAGAUGGACACAGCCACACCUCCUCGGCCGUCAGGCGGCUCCACCAUAGAAAUGACUUCGAAACAGCGUUCCUCGGCCAGCAGCCAGUCCAUGAGUUCUCAUAACACAGGAACGGGUCCAUCUCCAGGACUGGUCAGUCCUCAGCCACAGCAACAGGUCCAGCCCAAUACCCAGUUCACUGCGCAGCUGAAUGCCAUGCAGCACCUGAAAGAGCAGCUGGAGCAGCGAACGCGUAUGAUCGAAGCCAACAUUCAGAGACAGCAAGAGGAACUCCGACACAUCCAAGAACAGCUCCAGCGUGUCCAGGGCCAGGGUCUCCAGAUGUUCCUGCAGCAGCCUGGAGGCGGGCUCAAUGUUCAGAUACCCCAAGGAGGAGGCACCACGGUGCUAGGGGCUGGGACACAAACAGGCGUCUUGACCAUACAGAGUCAGCAGUGUGUCACAAGCUCCGCCCAUACUGGAACUCAGCACACACUCACACAGCAACAAGCCCCACCUCCUCAACAGCAGACACUGCAGGGCUCCACUGUCACACAGCGGUCUCAGAGUGUGCCUACCCCUGUGUAUAAUGCCAUGAUGAUUAGUCAGACUGGUGGUGCCAGUGUAGUUCAGAUACCCACUACCCUGGCACAGAAUGCCAACACAGCAACUGCCAUCACCAAUUUCACACAGGACCGUCAAAUCAGGUUUCCUGCAGGGCAGCAGUUGGUCACUAAAUUGGUGACUGCUCCCAUGCCUUGUGGGGCAGUCGUAGUGCCCACUACCAUGUUUAUGGCCUACAGCCCGUUUCCACAGCAACAGGGCCAGACGCCAGCAAUCACUCUGCAGGCGCAGCCAGCUGCGCAGACAGACACACAGACACAGUCAGCUGCUGUGCAGCCAGCCCAACAGCAGGGGGCGACGCAACCACAGCAGCAGCAGCAGCAACAACAGCUCCUUCAGGGCACACGGCUUCUACACGGCAACCAGUCAACGCAACUGAUUUUACAGGCAGCUUUUCCUAUUCAGCAGCAGGGUGCGUUUGCUUCCACACAACAACAGCGACAACAACAGCAACAACAACAACAACAACAGCAGCAGCAACCGCAGAGACAACAGCAACAACUAAAGCCACAGACUCAAAAACAGCAGAAACCCACAUCAUCUCUCAGGACUGACACCUCCAGUACCCAGUCGCAGUAAUGCAGCCUGUUUCAGCAAGGCCCAAACCACACCGGACCAGUACUGGAAGGUGAUUGGUGGGUUGCUGUAGUAUUUGUUCUCUGGGGCACGGCCACUGGCCCUAGUCACCGGCUCUUGCUGUCAUGACAACAGUAGAAUUCUCUGGGAACCUCUACACGGUGUUGUGUAACGGGAACAGCUCGCUGUGGCAACAGAACCCAAUACCAUGGCAACUCCAAGCCCAUCACCAUGGUAACAGGUGGUGACAGAAGCUCAGAAAAACCAAGUUUCUCAAGUUGUUUUGUUUUUGUUUUUGUUAGGGUGGGGUUUUUUGUAAUUUAUUCAAACAGAGGAACACGUAUGUAAAGUGUCUGGACCGAUCAGAAUAUCUCAUUUUCAGCUGACGGAGGAGGAACCGUUUUAGCAAACUUCACAUCAAGUGUACAUGCACCUGUAACAUACAAUGUAAAUAUCCAACGUUAAAAGGAACAAAAAAGUAUUGAGUAUUUUAU